GUCAUACCAAUAGUUUGCAGUGGCUUAUGAGGAAGUGCGAGAUCUAACAAUGACCUCAUCAACCACAUACAAAAGAGAAAUUUAGCAUAAAUAGAAGCAGCAAGAUGUUGUGCCAGUGUAGUUAAUGAGGACUUUCACACCGGUGCACUGCUGCAGUCCAUCCUAUUAUCUACAAUGAGCAUCACGUCCAUAACAAGAGAUUCUGGGACCUUAAAACAGAGAAAAGCGAUUACAGCGAUAUUUAGGUUCCCUCAGUAAGUCUAUGACAGGGAUUUUAGUUCAAAGGAUGUCCAACUGUUUGUGCAGGUCACGCACAAUCACAAAGUUUGAAGGUCAGGUUGUCACAUCGCAGGCCACCGACAUGCAGAAAGCCUCCAAGCUAAUGCAGAUCGUCAUCAAAAAAGGUCGCAAUGCAUGCAGCUCGUUCUUCAGUUGCCUCGGAAUUUGUGACCCGGCGUUGUAUGAGAGUGUUACAGGAUCUCCAGUACAAAUUAGUCACGAGGACCAUCACCAUUUGGAGGACAUCCCAUUUUCAGAAAAACAAUUGCCAUUUCCACCUUGUAUCAUAAACAUUCAAAACUCUUCCCUCACCAACUGCAUUAUUGGGAACAACAACAGCCAAUGCAUUACCUGUGACCAGCAUUGUUGGCUCUCUCAGAAUGAUGCAAUCAAUGUCGAUGAAAUGGAAGAAAGUCAGGGCCAUGACCCCAUGAUUCCAGUGCAGGACACAAUGAGAGGCAACAGUAUUAACAUGGAGAGCUCCCACCUAGAGUAUAUCACCAUAGGGGACCACAACAGCAUGGUUGUCAGUGAUAGCUCCGAAGUUGAGGAAUAUAUAUAGAUUGCACCAAAUAUGGAUGGUUAAGUAGCAGAUUCUACACUGAAGGUUUCAUGUGAAGGGUCAAUCAUGUACCACCCCCAUGUUCAGGUGCUGCCAAACAUUAAUUGUUUAAUCAUUGAAACAUUAUCCUUCAUGGAUCAUUCUAAACCUGUGUGCCUUGAUGUGGCCAUGGAAUUUAAAACGGCCCUGCUUUCUACUGAACAUUACUGUUUCACAGUGCUUUCAGACUCAUGUUCUAAUGGGUACAUUAAUAUUUGUGUUCAACAGAAAUGUCAGAAAUGAAAUCCCAUUAAACAACUAACAGUGCAAUUAUUUAUGCUGUGUUUUUUAAGCUUUUCUUAACCUUUUAUAGAUGUUGUUUCCAGUCUUGUUUUCAGUGAUAUUUGUGUACAUAAAAUCUAUUGAGUUCUGACGGACUAUCCCGAUGUUUCAGUAGAUGUUCUGUAUUUUUAUAACUAUAUAUUUUAUAUUUGUAUAACUAUCAUUUUUCAGAAUAUUCCCAUAAGAAAAGUUCUGGUGGAAUUUGUCUUGUGGAAAUUGCUAGUAUGUUUUUGAAUGUGGGUUCUACAGGGAAAUUUUUCUUCUGUCCUUUGUGGGUUGGGCUUUGAUUCAGCUGACCAAUGUUGAUCCUGUGGAUUGUCUGUGUUUUCUGUGCUUGUAUAUUAUUUAUUUGGAAUGCACUUUGACACAGUGUUGAUUGAUGAUGGCUGAGGCCUAAAGUGGAUGAUACCUGUUGAUAUAGUGUUUACACUUGAUGACUCAAUUAUCUCAUAAUGCCACUUAAUAAUUAUCUACUGAUUAUUUCUUGUUACUAGUAAGUGAUAAAAACCUUUUACGGUAGAGAGCCAUUUACACACAUUCGUUUGGAGUUAUAUUUGUAAGGAAAUAUGAUUGUAUUUUGAAAUUGUAUUUGUAUUUAGAAAUGUACUCUAUAUUUUCCUAUACUUCUAAGUUUUUAUGCUAUGAAACUUGAAUAGAAUAAUUUAUGACAAUACCACCAUCAUGUUUUAGAUUAUUCAUUGUUUGUAUAGGCCUCUAGUGUUUUAAAGCUGUGACCUCUAUAAAGUUUUGCAAAAAUGUCUGUAUGUUGACAAAAUAAAAAAUAAAAGGAG